AUGGAAGCCGACAAUUUCAAUACCGAAGCGGUUUUUCGACUAUCGAAUGGAUUUGAAGCUCUGAAAGAAGAGAGGGAGAGUAACUCCACCGAGAGUCUUAUUGCAAUUGUGAAACAAGAUAUUCUAGAAGAGGAGCCACAGAGUGUAUUGAAUGCCCCUCUCUCACCCUCCAUUCCAAUUGCUACAAGAACAAUUCCUGUUCUACCGACGGAGCUUCCAAAUCCUAAGGUCACCACUGCAUUGCCGGAAACCGUCACUACAUCACUAGAAGACGCCGGGGUAUCUGCCGAGGCCUCAAUUCCUGUAAAAAUGUUCUAG